GCCAAGAGCAGCGGCCGGCGGACCGGAGCUUGGCAGCCUGGCUCGCUCGUCCUCUCUGCUCGCUCGCCCUCUCUGCUCGCUCGCCUAGGCCGGCGCCAGCCCUCCAAGAUGAAGACGCUCCAGGGAGCUCACCGCCGCAAGCCAAUCACCCCAGACCUGCUGAUGACUCCCAGUGACCAGGGCGAUGUGGACAUGGAUGUGGACUUUGCAGCAGACAGGGGCAACUGGACGGGCAAGCUGGACUUCCUGCUGUCCUGCAUUGGCUACUGUGUGGGCCUGGGGAACGUUUGGCGGUUCCCCUACCGAGCCUAUACCAACGGAGGCGGUGCCUUUCUUGUGCCCUACUUCUUGAUGCUGGCCAUCUGUGGCAUCCCCCUCUUCUUCCUUGAGCUCUCUCUGGGCCAAUUCUCCAGCUUGGGACCCCUGGCUGUCUGGAAAAUCAGUCCCCUCUUCAAAGGUGCCGGGGCAGCCAUGCUGCUCAUCGUAGGCCUGGUGGCCAUCUACUACAACAUGAUCAUCGCCUAUGUCCUCUUCUACCUCUUCGCCUCUCUAACCAAAAACCUGCCCUGGGAGCACUGUGGCAACUGGUGGAACACAGAACUCUGCCUUGAGCACAGAGGCCCUAAGGAUGGCAAUGGAGCACUGCUACUCAACCUCAGUAACACCGUCAGCCCCAGCGAGGAAUACUGGAGCCGCUAUGUCCUGCACAUCCAGGGCAGCCAGGGCAUCGGCCAGCCUGGGGAGGUCCGCUGGAACCUCUGCCUCUGCCUGCUGCUGGCCUGGGUCAUUGUAUUCCUCUGCAUCCUCAAGGGAGUGAAGUCCUCGGGCAAGGUAGUAUAUUUUACGGCCACCUUCCCGUACCUCAUCCUGCUCAUGUUGCUGGUGCGAGGAGUUACCCUGCCUGGGGCCUGGAAGGGCAUCCAGUUCUAUCUCACUCCCCAGUUCCACCAUUUGUUGACUUCCAAGGUAUGGAUUGAAGCUGCCCUUCAGAUCUUCUACUCCCUGGGUGUGGGCUUCGGGGGCCUCCUUACCUUUGCCUCCUACAACACAUUUCACCAGAACAUUUACAGAGACACCUUCAUCGUCACUCUGGGCAAUGCCGUCACCAGCAUCUUGGCUGGCUUCGCCAUCUUCUCUGUGCUGGGCUAUAUGUCUCAGGAACUGGGUGUGCCUGUGGAUCAGGUGGCCAAAGCAGGCCCUGGCCUGGCCUUUGUUGUCUAUCCACAGGCCAUGACUAUGCUGCCCCUGUCACCCUUCUGGUCCUUCCUCUUCUUCUUUAUGCUCCUGACUCUUGGGCUGGACAGCCAGUUUGCCUUUCUAGAGACCAUUGUGACGGCAGUAACAGAUGAGUUCCCAUACUACCUGAGACCCAAGAAGGCGGUAUUCUCUGGCCUCAUCUGUGUGGCCAUGUACCUGAUGGGGCUGGUCCUCACCACUGACGGGGGCAUGUACUGGCUGGUCCUUCUGGAUGACUACAGCGCCAGCUUUGGGCUCAUGGUGGUGGUGAUUACCACAUGCCUCGCUGUCACCCGGGUAUAUGGCAUCCAGAGGUUCUGCCGAGACAUCCAUAUGAUGCUGGGCUUCAAGCCGGGCCUCUACUUCAGGGCCUGUUGGCUGUUCCUGUCCCCAGCCACGCUCCUGGCUUUGCUGAUAUACAGCAUCAUCAAGUACCAGCCCUCUGAGUAUGGUAGCUACCGCUUCCCUGCCUGGGCUGAGCUGCUGGGCAUCCUGAUGGGCCUGCUGUCCUGCCUCAUGAUUCCUGCUGGUAUGCUGGUAGCUGUGCUUCGAGAGGAGGGCUCUCUGUGGGAGAGGCUCCAGCAGGCCAGCCGGCCAGCCAUGGACUGGGGCCCAUCACUGGAGGAAAACCGGACGGGCAUGUAUGUAGCCACGCUGGCUGGGAGCCAGUCACCAAAACCACUGAUGGUGCACAUGCGCAAAUAUGGAGGCAUCACCAGCUUCGAGAAUACAGCCAUUGAGGUAGACCGCGAGAUUGCUGAGGAAGAGGAGGAGUCCAUGAUGUGAGAUGGGAGGCAGCCAGAGAGGACAUCAUGCCCAGGCCUCAGUGGCCCUUCCUGGGGACCUGCAGAGGCCAGCCAUGCCUACUGGAAUUACAAGAGAUUACCAUGGCAACACCAGUUCUCAGUGCAAGUCUCUCCUUUGUGGCCUCUGGCUCUCCUGGAACCUGUGUCUGGACACACACACACACACACACACACACACACACAGCCUUUUAAAAGCUGGAAAUAUCCUAAUUCAGCCCUCUUUUUUGCAGAAGGACAAUGUUUAAACCAGGGAGGGAGCGCCUGGCCCAAGGUCAAAUGGCAGAGGACUUGAUCCCCAAACCUCUGACCAGCCAGCUCUCUUUCCCUUGAGGCAGCAGGCACCACAUUGUCAUUUCUGUUCAGGGUCCAGACACUCUUCCAUUCAACCCAAACUUAAACUUGGGGUUCAGGGCAUCGAGAGGUCUGGAGCUUCCUAAGGCCCUAGAAGUCAGUAAAUGAAUGGGGGAGAAUGGGGUGGAUUCCUCUGUGCAAGCCAGGUUCCCAGAAAGUGGGAGCUGGGGUCAUGGGUGAGGGAAAGGUUUGCAAAGUGGAGAGAAGAGAAGAGCCUGUGGGUUAAAACUUUCUCUGGGUCAGGAGGAGGCUGACCUGCCAGGACAGAGGGCAAGAAUGGCUGGAAAUGGUGAUAUUAGCAUGUUACAAGAGGGUUCAAGUGGGAAUGAAAAUGGCAGGGAGGGGGAACCAGGAAGGCAACAUGGGAGGGGAAUUGCAUGGUAUCUCAUAUCAAUUUAGGUCUGUGUAGGGUGGAUUGGGGACAGGGUAGAACUGGGAGCCCUUGGAGGGCAGGCAGGACAUGCUGGUUGAUCUGAGUUAAGGUGGGAGUGGGGAAACUGUGGCCUGGCCCUCACCAGGUAGACCCUGUACCCUGGGUGGCAGGAGGCUUGAGAAGUAGCAGCCACAGACAUGGGUGGGAAUGAGGGCCACUUCUCCCUUGCCCUGGUGACCCUCACUGUCCCCUCAAGCUUCCAGAACUGUUGGGAACUUGGCUUUGGCUGUGGAUGAAGGACAACAAAGACUCAGAGAUAGUCCACAUCAUAUCCUGAUGCUCCAGGGCCCCUGGCGUAUGUGUGAGGACAGAGGGCAAGGGAAAGAAAGCCUCUGCCUUGGGUCCCUUUGAGAUGGUGGGUAUAGGCACGGCCAAGCAGGUCAUUUCCAUAGCACUCCCCAGAGGAACAGGGUACCCUCAUACAGUGGGACCAGACUCUGUGCCUGUUCCCUCUUGGCUGUUUGUUAAUAAACACAAAAUGAAGUGGUCCUCCA